AUGUCGCAACAACAACACCCACCGUUCACUUGUUGGGUAGAGUUUAGUAACAAGAAAGACGAACUCACCUUCGAGAACACCGCCAACUAUAAUCGUCUCAUCCCUGUCAUCAGAGGUUCCAAACAACUCGCUGUAGGUGACGGUUCUAUCGAUUUGUUCUCUGAUGCAGCCAAGACCAUUCAACUUGAUGUUGAGACUCCAGUCGAUAGGAAUCUUCAGCGAAUCUAUGUCGCCACCACUCAACCACUGCAAGAGGCAAAGAUUGAUCGAGCGUUAUUUCUUUUGGAAAAGAUGUCAAAAUCAUCAAAGGCUUCCUACUCCAUUGAAAUGAUACAUACUGUGUUGAAAUAUGAAAUAAUUCUAUUGAUGAAUGGAUCUAAAAAUUGUUUUUAA